AUGCCGACCUCGUCGCAUGCCGGCGGCAAUGGUCUCCCCUCCGGUUCCGGUUCCGGUUCCUCCAUCGUCGCCGGCGCCGUGAGCGGCUACCACGUGCUCAAGAUCGUCGGCUACUCGCGCACCAAGGAGGUCCCCAAUGGCAAGUGGAUCGACUCUUGUCCGUUCCAGGUGGGAGGCCGCACAUGGCAUCUUCGUUACUAUCCCAACGGGGCCGAGUCCAGUAGCACCGAUUACAUAUCCCUCUACGUCACACUCGAUGAUAUCGUCGGCGAGGCUGAGGCCGUGAAGGCGCAAGCCAACUUCAGCUUGCUCGACCAAGAUGGGAAUCCGCUGCUGCCCUAUUGCUGGGGAACCGGCACCAAAAACUUCUCCGAGGAAAACACUUGGGGAUUCAACAAGUACAUCAAAAGGGACGAGUUGGAGAAAUCAGAGCUUCUCAAGGACGAUUCCUUCGCUGUCAAGGUCGAUGUCACUGUCAUGGGCGAGUUCCACGCACGGAAGACACCAUCCGUCGUGGUGCCACCGUCCGACAUACACCGGCACCUCGGGGACCUCCUGUCGAGCAAGGCGGGCGUCGAUGUCGAAUUCCGGGUCGGCAGGGAGACAUUCUCGGCGCAUCGAUUGGUGCUCGUGGCACGGUCUCCGGUCUUCAGAGCAGAACUCUUUGGGAACAUGAAGGAGGGCACCACCACUGAGCCCAUAUGUAUAGAUGACAUUGAGGCAGAGGUGUUCAAGGCUCUGCUUGAUUUCAUGUACACGGAUGCAUUGCCUGAUAUGGAUCAUCAGGAGGAAUCUGCCAUGGCUCAGCACUUGCUUGUUGCAGCAGACAGGUAUGAUAUGGAGAGGCUGAAGCUGAUUUGUGAAGAUAAGCUGUGCAAUCAUAUCGAUACGAGCUCCGUGGCGACUAUCUUGGCCUUGGCGGAGCAGCACCACUGCCACGAGCUUAAGGCGGCAUGCUUGGUGUUCCUCAGCUCGCCAGUGAAUCUGUAUGGGGCCAUGGAGUCUGAAGGUUUCCAGUUUUUGACCAAGAGCUGCCCUGGUGUUUAUUAA